AGACGACAGACGAUAAACCAUCGGCGCGAGCGGAUUGGAAUUCCUGAAGCGUGUACGCGCUGUUCCUGUUGACGUGGUCGCUUUGCGUCACAUCGUUUCUUAUUCCAAAUAAUCGAUUUCACGGCGGACCCAUAUGUACGUGCAACUUCGAGCGUUUCGAGACACAGGAUGCGCCUGUCCCAUAGUGAUUACCGAAUUAUGCUAAUCAACGGAUCAAACACGCUUCUAACGAUUGGCAAAACGAUUAGUGAAUUCUACGUGGAUGAGCGUGUCGACAUUGGCUGCGACUUGGCUUGGUCGAUCGUGUGGUGUGGACAUUUUCCAGUCCGCUUUUGCAACACACCAAUUGUCUACGACUCGGUAACUUUCUAGGCUACGUGUCUCCUGUGCUUGGGAACCUAUUCGAUUCGAUUCGAUUCGUCGUUCGGGAAAGCCAAGGAAAAGAUAUUAAUUUCUUGGUAAUUGUUAAUCGUUGAUUAAGUUAGUUUUUAGGUGUCGUUAAUCACGCUAAUUUGAUAAACUUCGAUUAUCAAUUGGAAAAGCGCGAAGAUGCUUCUUAAGAAGAAAUAAUUUCCCUUCGAGAAAGAAAUAAUUUUUUUAAAUUUGGAACAACUCGUUGAGAAAAAAUCGUAUUUAAUUCGUCUAAUGGAAAUCGCGAUUUUCAAAGAACUAAAAUAGAAUACAUGGAACGAAUAAAACAGUUCGAAUUGAUGUUUCAGUCUUCUAAAUUCUACUAAAAUUCAGUUUCUGAAGAACGUCCCUGUUCCUGAAUUUCUAGUGACUGCCGAUAGAAGAUUCAAUGUCCAGAAGUCUCAAAAAGAAAAAGAAAAAAAUUACUAA